AUGGCAUCCACUGGCGCCGAUGACGGCGCGGCGGCGCAACCUAAGGCCGCCAUCUCGCACUGCGCUGAUGAUCGUCGGCCUGUGGCGCGGGGUGGAGACACGGAGGGCUUCUACACGGAGAUCCAGGAGAAGAUCCUGGCGAGGUACGGCAAGGUGUUCGACUGGUCGCUCAAUGCCAAGAUGAUGGGCAAGAAGGCGACCGAGUCCGCCCGCAUCUUCGUCGACGAGUACGGCCUCAACGGCCUGCUCACCCACGAGCAGUUCCACGAGGAGCGCGAGAGCAUGCUCCAGGCGCUCUUCCCAUCCUGCACCAAGCUACCAGGAGUACUACGUUUGGUCCAUCAUCUUCAUGCCAACGGAAUGCCAAUGGCUGUUGCGACAGGGUCCCAUAAACGUCAUUUUGCACUGAAGACCCAGAACCACCAGGAAAUGUUUUCCCUGAUGCAUCAUAUUGUCAUGGGUGAUGAUCCAGAGGUGAAGGCUAACAAACCAUCCCCUGAUAUUUUUCUCGCUGCUAUGAGGAGGUUUGAGGGUGACAUAGAACCCAGUAAGUGCUUGGUUUUUGAAGAUGCUCCUUACGGUGUAGCUGCCGCGAAAAAUGCUGGAAUGUCUGCAGUGAUGGUCCCAGAUCCGAGGCUGGAUGUUUCAUAUCACAAAGGAGCUGACCAAGUUCUCAAUUCAUUGUUGGACUUCAAACCUACUGAAUGGGGCUUACCGGCAUUUAAAGAGUAG